UCGUUAACCUGACAGCCUGCGGUCUGCCUCCUCGGAGACAAUAAAGAGGCUCUAGAUUUUAAUGAGAGAGAGAGAAAGAGGAGAAAUAUGCCAAGCUGUGGGACGAUUUAAAUCUACUGGACUGAGCACAAGAAUGCAAAAGAAAAGUCUGUUUGUUUCUACAGAGAUAUUUGUGCCGGAUAAAUUUCAUAUAUGUGGGUGAGUUUCUGUUGCUCGGGACUUUGAAUUGAGUAAUGUCUAAUGGGCGAACGCACAGUUGGACUUCUGCUGAUAACAAAGGGGACUGCCACGAGAAAAACGAAAUAAGAGAGGAGUUUUUCAUCAUUAGCGCCAAGGGAAGUGAAAAGAAACGAGAGCAGGGCUUAUCAGCGUGAUCUGAAGUCCAACUGACACUGACCUUGGCAGUCGUCGCCUGUGAAUCUGCGCAAUUCUACCGAGCGAACCAAAUGCAGAGAGAAAGAUGCAUUUGGGUAAGGCUUUAUUGUUUGUCCUCCUCCUCAACUGCGCAACGUUGAGCUCGUGUCUGUCAACUUGUGCCACCGUGGAUAUUGACCAUGUGAAAAGGAAGAGGGUCGAGGCGAUACGAGGUCAGAUUUUGAGCAAACUCCGACUGACGAGUCCUCCGCACUCCCUCGGACCGAGUAAAAUCCCUUAUCAAAUCCAAGCAUUGUAUAACAGCACCAAGGAGCUGCUGGAGGAGCUUGGGAGGGAUCGGCAGCAAAGUUGCGGUCAGGACAACACAGAGACAGAGUACUAUGCCAAGGAGAUAUACAAAUUCAACAUGGUCUACGGACUGCCAGAGAGCAAUGAUCUGCUCUACUGCCCAAAAGGCAUCACCUCUAAGGUUUUCCGCUUUAACGUCUCCGCCAUGGAAAGGAACUCAACCAACCUCUUCAGAGCAGAGUUCCGAGCUCUGAGGGUGCCAAACUCAAGCGCCAAGAGGAAUGAACAGCGGAUUGAGCUCUACCAGAUUGUGAGGCCAAAUGAACACAUUAGGAAACAACGCUACAUCGGAGCCAAGAAUGUGCUGACCAAAGGUACUCCAGAGUGGGUCUCCUUCGAUGUGACUGAAACAGUGCGGGAAUGGCUGUUGAACAGAGGAACUAAUCUGGGCUUGGAAAUCAGUGUGCACUGCCCCUGCCACACCUUCAACCCAAAUGGUGACAUCAUUGACAAUGAGAACGAGGUGCUGGAGGUGAAGUUCAAAGGCAUGGAUGGAGAUGAGGAGCACAGUCGCCUGGAUCUGGAUCACCUGAAGAAGAAAAAGGAGCAGUACCUGCCUCACCUUAUCCUCAUGAUGAUCCCAUCCCACCGCUUGGACACGCAGUACACACGCCGACGCAAGAGAGCACUGGACACAAACUACUGUUUCUCAAACACAGAGGAGAGCUGCUGUGUUCGCAAGCUCCACAUUGAUUUCCGACGUGAUUUGGACUGGAAAUGGAUCCAUGAACCCAGUGGUUACGAUGCCAACUACUGCUCCGGGCCCUGCCCUUACCUGAGGAGCUCAGAUACUACACAUAGCUCGCUGCUGAGCCUGUACAACACUCUGAAUCCAGAGGCAUCGGCUGCACCCUGCUGUGUCCCUCAAGAUCUGGAACCCCUCACUAUACUCUACUAUUCUGGACGAACCCCCAAAGUGGAGCAGCUCUCCAACAUGAUUGUCAAGUCUUGCAAGUGUAGCUGAGAAGACACUGAAAGGCGAGGUAGUGUGUCACGAUUUUACUAGGUACUGACCAAACCCAUGCUUGUUUACUUUUGGACUCUUAGCUGUGACAAAUGCUUAAACUGACCCUGUGGCCUCGUGGGUUAGAUCUGAAAACCACUCUGUAGGUCACACUUUUUUUCAACGAUGCAGGUUUUCUUAAAACUUGAUAUCAUCUUUUUUUUUUCUUGUUAUGUGUUUUUUCAACCCACUCAGUCAGUUCUGGAUUACAAGUAGUUAUUUUAAUCUUAAAAGGUCCAACCCAAACUAAACGUAGUCUUACAAUCAAGGUAUGAUCUUUAAAUAUUUCUGUCUAGAUUUGUGAAGAUGAACAACACACUCUUAAGGCUAGAUUAUAAAGAGUCCUUUACAAAUGUAUCUGUGACACAAAGAAGAAACAAUGAAUGAAUGAAAGAGACUUACUCUGUGCUAUAUUUCCUGCUUCAGAGCUCAAGCAAAUAUUCCACAAAGUUCAAGUCUCUACAUUGUCGGUAGAGCAGCUUUCCUGUUUCUACCCUUGGAACGGUAUUGUUAAUAGUCACAAAUAUAGACGGUGCUCUCCUGAAUGGUUGAAGAGUCCUUUCAGGCUGGAUUUUCCCUUGAACUUGCCUGAAGCUCCCUUCCCUUCAAACAGUGGGCAUUAUCUUCAAUCACAAAAGGAGAAAGGACAGACUUGCUGCUGUAUCCAAAGCCAUAGCUGUGGUCAGGGAAAAGGAGAGCUGAGAGAGAAUGCCUGUUGGAUUUGCAAUGGAAAGUGAAUGAACAAAGAAGUUGAGCCAAGCUUUUCUUUUUUUGGCCAGCGAGCAGCAAUGGCCUUUUUUUUCGUUGCAUCUAUUAGAAUGGAUGGAAGAAGAAGAAGAAGAAGAAGGACAAGAAGAAGAAGAAGACAGGACCUGUAUGCAAGGGAAGAACUGUGAUGGAAACCUGCCAUGAGAACACUGCCUGCCAUUCACUGGAAGUUUUCAACUCUAACAGGUUCAAAUUAUUUUUGGGACAUCAAAGAAUAUACUGGAAAAGAACAAGCAUUACACAACAGGUUUUUUUUUUUUAAUGAGAUAUCUUUUACAUUAAUAGCAGAUUUGGUCUGUUAUGCAACUUGUCAUAUAGUGAUUGUUUCACUAACUUGGAUGAAAAUUGACGUGUAUCUCCAUUGAUGGAAUGACUUUUAUAUUAAACCAUGAGUACUGUUACAUUUCCUUGUUAAAAGAAUAUGCAACAAUUUUGUGCACAAACAAAUUAGUUUGUCCUGUUGUAUUUGAAUCGUUUGUUUGACUAAAAUCUUAUUGUAUUAAAAGGUGACUAUACCCAGAAAGUUCAAAGAGGCACUUUUCUCCAGCAAAAAAAAAAAAAAAAACAGCUGUUUAUUUCUUUUUUUAAGCGAACAAUCCUAUCAACUCACCUGUCACCUUUCACUCCAGCCAGCUGACAAGGAGACACAUGUGCAUGUGCAGUAAGUACUCUGGUGUUCCCAAAACACUGCAGUCUUUCAUUCCCUCUGCUCCGUCUCUGUUUGUUUUGGUGCUCUUUUACAGUGUGAAGCCCUAAUGGAACAAAAAAAUGAAGAGGGAGGGGAAGGAGUCAUAACAUGACAGUGGCUGGAUGUACAGUUAGACCUCAUUUUUCUCUGAGACUGGAGAACGACUCUAAAUCCCUGUACUGUUUGACAUUGGCCCAGUCAGUCAUCUAGCCUUUAGGUGACAUUUAGGUGAUGUUUUUGGAAGUAAUAUUGUUUGGUUGACUUGUUGAUCAUGAUUGUUAUU